AUGGCGUCAAGAAAAAACCUUUCAGAAAAUGAAAUUCAAAACCUCCUACUGGACGUUCGUGAUGAAGAUGAAGUGUUUCUUGGGGAUGAAUUAGAAGAUGAACUGGAUGAAAUUAUUCCCGAUUUUCGCGAUGAACAGGUUCCUGUCGAAGAGGAUGGCUCUAACCAUGAAACAGAUCUUGAAAGUUCGGAAGAAGAAGUUGAGAGGAUAUUGUCCAGUAUAAUAUACACUGGAAAAGAUUCUACACCACGUGAAUUACCAGUGGCUGAGUAUUACGCAUUGGAGCUUUCAAAUUCUAUUCAUGGGUCUAAUAGAAAUAUCACGCACGAUAACUUGUUUACUUCAAUCCCUGCUGCCGAAAAACUCUUAACCAAAAAUGUUACAACAGUUGGAACAAUGAAAAGAAACAAAACAGAAAUCCCUACUCAUUUUUUGGAAACCACAAACCGCCUCAAGAACACAUCAAUGUUUGCUGUUCAUGACGAACUUACUUUGUUAUCAUAUGUGCCUCCAAAGCUAAGUAAAGGAAAAAAAGAAAAACGUGAUUAUGCUUUCUACUAUGCACUAUCAACCAGACGAAGACAAAUCUGUUGA